AUGAAUACCAAAACGAUGCGUUUGCCUCCUCGUCGAGUAUUGACACCUAGCACCACUACAAGCAGUAAGCGAAAAGAGAGAGAUGACCCUUUUGAAAGGCCCAAGCCCAUACCCGUAACCACUUCAAAAUUACCCAAGUCGGAUAAGCCUAUUUCUCGGCUCGGGUCGGAGCCGAUUACAUCACCCACUACUACAACAACAGCUAGCAAAGACUUGGAGCCGAAGCCGAUGCCGUCCAAUCAGCUGCUAGCGGGAUACCUGGCCCACGAGUACCUCACCAAGGGGACUCUCUUAGGGCAACCGUGGGUCCCACCGAAGGGAAAGUCCAAAGAAGAAGACGACGGCGGUGACGAUGAAGGAGAACCGACUCCGGCGGAGGAGGCGCGUGGGACACCGGAGAUAAAGAUGGAGCGUGAAAGGUACGUGGAAGUGACAGGGUUGUUAAAGAGCGGUGGGACCCACCUUCACGGUGUUGUGAACCCCACACAGCUUGCCCGUUUCCUACACUUGUGA